CAGCAUUGCAAAGUCGAAAGUGCCUCUGUUAUCUACAAAUAGUUCUGUGAACCAGAACAUUCUAUAUGAAAGAUGGCUGGGAAUUCAAUCUUGCUGGCUGCUGUCUCUGUCCUCUCUGCCUGUCAGCAAAGUUAUUUUGCUUUGCAGGUAGGAAAGGCAAGAUUAAAAUACAAAAUUACGCCCCCGGCAGUCUCUGGGUCACCAGAGUUUGAAAGAAUAUUCCGUGCACAACAAAACUCUGUGGAGUGUUACCCCAUAUUCGUGAUUACACUGUGGAUGGCCGGAUGGUAUUUCAACCAAGUUUUUGCUACUUGUCUGGGUCUCGUGUACAUCUAUGCCCGUCACCAGUAUUUCUGGGGAUAUUCAGAAGCUGCUAACAAAAGGAUCGCUGGUUUCCGGUUGAGUCUGGGGAUUUUGGCCUUGUUGACCGUCCUGGGUGCACUGGGGAUUGCAAACAGCUUUCUGGAUGAAUAUCUGGACCUCAAUAUUGCCAAGAAACUGAGGCGCUUCUAACUUUUCCCCUCCUUUGCUCAAAUGCUUGCAGAAGAUGUUUUCACCCUGAAGGUUAUACUUGUUUAAUUAAAGAAAAUAAAAGUCUUUGUUUUGUUUUUUUUGAAAUGG